AUGAACUUGAGGAGCAGAGGUUCAUUAAGCCUUGUUUCCAUUGUUGAAGACAUUUCUGCACUUGAGAGGGAUAUUGUGAGAAGGAGAAGGGAAGAAGAGCAACAGGCUCACAUUCAGAGGUUGGGUUUUGAUAUGGAGAACCUGCCUCAAGAUAGAGCUGCUGAAGAUGGUCAAGGAGCUGCCAACCUUGGACCAAGACAUCCACAGCGCCAAGCUAGAGCAAUUGGUGCCCAUGAUCAGCCUAACAUCCAUGGAAAUAGGGCUGGCAUUAGAGCACCAGCUGUGGAGAACAACAACUUUGAGAUCAAGUCAAGCUUGAUCAACAUGAUCCAAAGUAACAAGUACCAUGGGCUUGCUUUGGAAGAUCCUCUAGAUCACUUGGACAACUUUGAUCGGUUGUGUGGCACCAUCAAGAUUAAUGGUGUUUCUGAAGAUGCAUUAAAGCUUAGGCUGUUUCCUUUCUCUUUGGGAGAUAAAGCUCACACAUGGGAGAAGGGUCUCUCAAGAGAUAGCAUCCGGACAUGGGAUGAGUGCAAAGAAGCCUUCCUCACCAAGUUCUUCUCUAACUCAAGAACUGCAAAGCUUAGGAAUGAGAUUUCAGGAUUUCAACAAAAGAAUCUUGAAGGUUUUAGUGAAGCAUGGGAACGAUUCAACAGCUACAUUGCUCAGUGUCCUCAUCAUGGUUUCAGCAAGGAGAGCUUGCUUAGCACUUUUUACAGGGGAGUUCUACCAUCUUGCAGAAACAGGCUUGACACAGCUAGCAAUGGUUUCUUCUUGGGCAGAACCGAGCAAGAUGCAGAGGAACUGGUGGAGAACAUGGCAAAGAGUGAUUCAGUCUACAAUGAGGAGAAUGAUAGAGCCAACAGAGGAGAUGAUCAGCAAACAAGGAAAGACAUCAAGUCCUUGCAAGAAAAGAAGGAACCUAACUUUCAGUACAACAAAUACCAGCCUAGGCAAAACACACCUCCUAGUUUUGGGAACAACAACAAUCUGUCCAAUCAAGCUCAAGGAAACUCUUCUCAAGCUACAGCUCCUGAUUCAAGUAUGGAGUCAAUGUUCAAGCAGAUAAUGGAUGCUCAGUCUAGAUUAGCAAAGGACAUUGGUCAUGAGUUCCAAACCGUGCACUCCAAGAUUGAUACUAGCUAUACCGAGCUGAACAACAAGUUCCUACUACUUGCCUCUCGCUUUAAUGCUUUGGAGAGUCAGGUCGCCUCUAUGCCAUCAUCUUCCAAGAGCCCAAUGGGAUCACUACUAGGGAAACCAGAUAAGAAUCCCAAGGAGUCUUGCAAUGUUGUCAUCUCUACUACUUCUUCAAAGAUUGAGCUGAGUGAUCAUGAGAAAGAGGUGGAUGAAAUUGAAAGACUUUUGCAUGGAACAGAGAUUGUAGCAACAGCUGAAGCACAUAUGGUGGAUAAGGUUAUGGAAAGGGUUCAGGUGCAAGUUGAAAGGAAAGUUGAAGCAACAAAUCUGCAGAGAGCUGAGCCUAGGGCUGAGAAACAAGUUGAGAGGAGAGCUGACAACAAGCUGAAAGAGGUUAAGCUAGAAGAAGCCACUGAGGUUGAGCUGUCACCAUAUGAGGUCCCACUCCCAUUUCCACAAAGGGUCCUCACCAAAGCUCAGAAGAAGGUUAUCUCUAAGUUCAGGAAGGACCUAAGUGAUGUUGGCGUCAAGCUUCCAGAGAUCUCGGGUAUGCGUGAGGCUCAUGUCCAAAUGCUGCUCAUCCAGGACAUUCUCACUCACAAAGAAGAAAUAGCAGAGCUCCUGAACAUCUCAACACUGCAGCUUGACCCACCAGUCCCUCCAAAGUCUCUUCCUAAGCUUGGACACCAAGGGAUGUUCACUUUACCUUGCUCCCUUGGUCAGCUCACUCUUAAAGAUGCUCUUGUUGAUUCUGGUGCUAGUGUGAAUGUAAUCUCAAUGGAGAUGGUGAAGAGUAUAGGGAUUGAGAGUAUGGAACCAGACAAGUCUUCACUACAGUUUGGGGAUUCCUCUUCUACAACCCCACUUGGUAUCAUUAAAGACUUCCCUUUGAAGAUUGGAGCAUGCACCAUUCCCAUUGACCUCACUGUCCUUAACAUGGCGACUGGGAAGAGAGUUCCUUUGGUCUUGGGCACACCUUUCCUCACAACAGUUGGAGCUUGCAUUGACUUUCCCAACAAGAAGGUCACUCUUAUGAAUGUGAACAAAACUGUCUCCUACCCAUUACAACCUCCAUUGGAUGCUGGCUAUUGUGGGACAAUCACUUUUGGCCAAGAAGCUGAUAAGAAGCCCCAAGAUGAAGUUGUUGUUUGUGAGACAAAAGGUCUCAAUGGAGAGACUUCUCAAGAGUUGCGUGUUGCGCACUUGGAAAGUGCUAAAAAGGAGGGGAUGAGUGGAACCUCAGAGGCCACUCAUGGCAAGAAGAAGUUGCUGCAAGAAACUCAUCCCCCAUCUCUUGAUAUGAUCUCACACACUCUCACUCUCCAUCCAAUGAAGCUCAAGGAUGGUGUCAUUGAGUACAAGCUCAGGUGUAAGGGCAAGUCAAGGCCAUUCUCAAGUGCAAGAGCCAUCAUCAACCCUCAGCUCCAAGAUGAUCCACUCAAGCUUCAAGAACUCCUCUCUCAGGUCCUCACCAUCACUCUUGAAGGUGGGAAGGACCCUCCUUCUCACUAA